AUGCAUCUGCUAUCAUCGUUCGAAAAAUUCCUUAUUGCGACUACUUUUUGGGCCACAAUCAAUAUCUUCGGUCGUCUCUUUCGCUUUGUUGUCCAGACUGUGGAUUCGGUUGCCCCCUCUGUCACUUCCAGGAAAAUCGAAUAUCAACCCCUCGAGCAUUCGAAAUAUGCUGACCAAUUUGGUUCCGGAUCUCUGCUAUUUAAAAUCAUGGCUACUUGUCUGAUACACCAGGCAGUGAACUUCUGCUUGGAUAUUAUUGUACCGCUCUGGGAAGAAUUCAAUCGUGAUGGAGAAAGGGUGCAGCGGAGGGUCCAAGCGCGGGUUUCUCAGUCGUUUGGAGGAUUUCGGGAGCUCAAUAAGAGACUGAGAAAGAGAGAUACAUAUGAAGGGGAUCUGAAAAUUCAAAAAGAGCCAAACGUGUCUGCAACCACACAGUUGAUUAGUUUCGAGAGACACAAAGUCGAGGACCAAAAAGAAAUGACACUCGAUUGGGACAUUGUCGUAGAGAAGGGUGCAUUGGAUGAGAUGAAAGAAACUCUUGGACCACCAGGAGGAUUUGGCGAGUUGGGAUUUGUGGUUGAGCAAGAUGGGGUGUCUUUCCAGGCGAUGGGCGUUGGAACGAAAUUCAACUUGAGGUUCUCAGUUCGUAGGAAGCCAGGCGUGCAGGUAUCUAGAAAAAUAAUAUGACUGCAUAUUAACACUAUCAGAUCUGAGUACUAUGGCUUUAUUCUUCGAAGGGCUGGAUCUCCAUAUUUGA